AUGAAGCUCUCUUUCAUUCUCUGUGCUGUUGCAUCUAUUGUUGGAGCUGCCAACGCUGUUGCCGUCGCCAACGCCGUUCCCGUUGCCCAGCCUGAUGUGGUCGACAUCUCCGACAUGAAGCUCCGCCUCCGUGGCUCUAGCCCCCCCCCUCCUUCUCCCGCUAAGCGUGAGUACGAAACUGCCCCCGAGGUUGUGGACGUCUCCGACAUGAAGCUUCGUCUCCGUGGCUCCAGCCCCCCUCCUCCUUCCCCCGCCAAGCGUGAGUACGAGGCUUAA